UUAUUUAUUCCCAAGGAUUUACAAAGCUGCUCUGGAAAAAAUAGAUAUAUUAAAAAAAAAUACUAAAGGAAGAAACCAUAAUCAGCUGCCUGCAAUCCGGAUUUACAAAGGGAGAGAGGGUGGUGUUUGUGUGACACCCUCGAUUUAUGUGUGUAUCCUCCUCCUCCAGCUGACUCUCUGGGGGGUUGGGUGCUGCGGGGUGCAGCGCGAUGAGCAGCUCCUAUUCCAGGGGGGCUGUGCUGCUGCUACUGCUAGCCAGUGCUUGCUGUCUGCUUGGCCGGGCUCAUGGAACAAGGACGUUGUGUGACGAGUCACAAUUUCAGUGUGGAAAUGGGCGCUGCAUUACAUUACUGUGGAAGUGUGAUGGUGAUGAGGACUGCGCUGAUGGUUCGGAUGAGAGCUCCUGUGUAAAGAAAACUUGUUCGGAGUCUGACUUUGUAUGCAAUAAUGGCCAAUGUAUCCCUAACCGGUGGGAGUGUGAUGGAGACCCAGACUGUGAAGAUGGAUCCGAUGAAACACCAGAGCUAUGUCAUGUGAGGACGUGCAGAGCUACAGAAAUAAGUUGUGGUGCUCGUUCAACACUGUGCAUCCCUCUUUCAUGGCAAUGUGAUGGUGAAGGAGACUGUGACUAUGCAGAGGAUGAAGAGAACUGUGGAAAUAUUACUUGUAGUCCAUCAGAGUUCACUUGCUCUAGUGGGCGUUGCAUUUCCAUCAGCUUUUACUGUAAUGGUCACAAUGACUGUGGUGAUGGAAGUGACGAAGUGGGCUGUGCACCUCUUACAUGUGGAGCCCAUGAGUUCCAGUGCAAGAAUUCCUCCUGCAUUCCACUCAGCUGGGUAUGUGAUGAUGAUGCAGAUUGCUCUGACCACUCAGAUGAAUCUAUGGAGCAAUGUGGCCGCCAACCUAAUCCUCACCAAAGAUGUUCGCCUAGUGAAAUUCUGUGUGGCUCUGGGGAAUGCAUCCAUAAGAGGUGGCGCUGUGAUGGUGAUGCAGACUGCAAAGACAAGAGUGAUGAGAUGAAUUGCCCUUCUCGUACCUGUCAGCCAGACCAAUUUGUAUGUGAAGAUGGAAAUUGCAUUCACGGGACUAGGCAGUGUGAUGGCAUGCGGGACUGCGUUGAUGGAUCUGACGAACUUCGCUGUACAAAUGUUAACCAGUGCUCUGGACCUGCUAAAUUCAAGUGCAAAUCUGGGGAGUGCAUUGAUCUUAACAAGGUUUGCAAUAAGCAAGCAGACUGCAGAGACUCGAGUGAUGAACCCGAAAAUGAAUGUGGUCAAAAAGCGUGCUUGAUUAACAAUGGUGGCUGCUCUCAUAUAUGCCGGGACUUGGUUAUUGGCCAUGAAUGUGACUGUCUAGCUGGCUAUGAAUUAAUUGAUCAGAAGACUUGUGGUGAUAUUGAUGAAUGUCAAAACCCUGGUAUUUGCAGUCAAAUAUGUGUCAAUCUGAAAGGGGGCUACAAAUGUGAAUGCAGCAAAGGGUAUCAAAUGGAUCUGUCUACAGGAGUGUGCAAGGCAGUAGACCGGGAGCCAAGUCUAAUAUUCACAAACCGCAGGGAUAUCCGAAAAAUUGGACUUGAAAGGAAAGAAUAUAUACAAUUAGUGGAACAGUUGCGCAAUACGGUCUCAUUAGAUGCUGACAUACAAGCACACACCUUGUUUUGGGCAGAUACAAUUCAAAAAGCCAUAUUCAGUGCCUCUGUGGACAAUCGUGUAAGAGUAGGAAGUCCUGUCAAAGUAAUAGAGCAUUUGCAUAAUCCUGCAGCAAUUGCUGUCGACUGGAUUUACAAGACUAUAUACUGGACAGAUGUAGGAUUGAAGACCAUCUCAGUGUCUAGUUUUGAUGGCUCUAAGCAGAAAGUCCUGUUUAAUGCAGGCCUGAAAGAUCCGUCUUCCAUAGCAGUCGAUCCACUCUCUGGGUUUAUUUACUGGUCUGAUUGGGGCGAGCCUGCCAAGAUUGAAAAGGCUGGAAUGAAUGGAAUAGACAGACAACCGUUGGUGAUAACAGACAUUCAGAGACCCAGUGGAAUUACUUUAGAUUUGAUAAAAAGCCGACUGUAUUGGCUUGAUUCCAAGAUGCACAUGCUCUGUAGUGUUGACAUGAAUGGCCUAGAUCGCAGAAUAAUUUUGAAGUCUCCAGAGUUCCUUGCGCAUCCACUGGCACUUACUAUAUUUGAGGAUCGGGUUUAUUGGAUAGAUGGAGAAAACGAAGCUAUCUACGGUGCAAAUAAAUUUACUGGACAAGAACUGGCAACACUCGUGAACAACUUAAAUGAUGCACAAGAUAUUAUUGUAUAUCAUGAACUGGUUCAGCCCUCUGGUAAAAACUGGUGCAAUGAGAGACUACAAAAUGGAGGCUGUGAAUAUCUGUGUUUACCUGCCCCACAGAUAAAUGAUCGAUCGGCAAAGUAUACCUGUGUGUGUCCUAGUGGGUUGGAAUUAAUUGAUGGCCGGAGCUGUAGAAAAGGUAGUAUGGACAAUACUGAUAUACCCAUCGGAAUUCUCCCCAUUAAACCACAUGUUGGUGAAAGUAAUGCCAGCUCCUCUGUGUAUGAGGCUGAUCCAGCAAAUCAGAGCUCCUCUGCUGCAUGGGCUAUCCUACCUCUUUUGUUAAUAGUUAUGGCAGCCAUGGGAGGAUACCUCAUGUGGCGAAACUGGCAAAGAAAGAAUAUGAAAAGUAUGAACUUUGACAAUCCAGUAUACCUAAAGACAACGGAAGAGGAUCUUACAAUAGAUAUUGGACGGCAUGGAGCAAACAUUGGGCACACGUAUCCAGCAAUAUCUGUUGUAAAUACAGAUGAUGAUCUUUCCUGAGCAUGGACUUUUGGUUGGCAUUCACCAUCUUCCUUCAGUCUACACGGCUUCAUCAGGAUUGUUCCUGUAUGGUAACCACGCCAGUGACUGAACACCACCUGCCCUCCUAAAUUCAUGGAUGGACAUUAAGAGAAGACUUUGCAGAUCUUGAAAAUGGAUAUUGCCUACAACAGGAACCUCUUGUAUAUAUUUAACAUUGUUCAGCUCUUGAUAUGGUUACCAUCCAAUCUCAUGCCCCCCCUAACUUUAUUUUUUUUUAUUUUUCUGGUCAGUAUUAGCAAAAUCCUUUCCUCACAGGCCAAGUACUGUAUAAAGCACUUUCCAUAUGAAGCCAUAUCCAAGCAAAUAACCUUUUGUGCUCUAUGUAUAGUGAAUCCACCUGUACAUAUUUUGUAUAGGCAGUUUGUACAUAUAUCUAAAGAAACACAAUCACUAUUCUAAAGCACUUUGAAGUAUUUUGACUGUAAAUAAGUUUCUGUACACACUUUUUUUUUUUUUGGGGGGGGGGGGGGGUUCUGUUAUAUUUUUUCCAAUGUUUGGGGCGACGGCAAUAGACGAAGAAAACGGGUCAUUCAUAUCAAAUUGCCAAAUAAUUUCUAAAAUGUAAAGAAAUUUUUGUAUGUGUGAAUGCGACUGUAAAUCUGUCUCGACUGUGACCUUUUUUUCUAUAGAGGUAUGCAGAGGGUGAAAUCCCUGUCAAAAGAACCACUGGAGAUUCUUUUCAAAAUAAACAAAAAUGACUUUGUUUGACUUUUAGUUUUUCUUAUCUGGAGAGCUUAAAUUAAGUUUAAAAAAAAUAGCUUUUGAUCAUGUAUAGUCAGCCACCCACU